AUGUACGUCGAAGUACUCAGGAUCAAAAUACCGACGGGAUGUAAACUCAUCGGCUUCGCGGACGACCUAGCGCUGCUCGUGGUGGCGAAGGAAAUCAAGAACGUGGAAACCAAUGCGACACAUAAAACGGAGGCAGUUCUCUUCACGAGCAGGAAAAAGGUGGAGUACAUUACCAUCCAGGUGGGCAACUGCUGCAUCACGACAAAGGAGACAAUUAAAUACCUAGGGCUAAUGCUGGACAACAGGAUGUCCUACGGAGCGUACGUGGAGUACUCCACCAUUAAGGCUGCAAAGAUCCAAGGAGCCUUAAUGGGAGGCCCAAAGGAAGGCAGGAGACGUCUUUUAGCCAGUGUCGUCACGUCGGUCUUGCUGUACGCAGCGCCGAUAUGGGCUGCAACCAUAUCCGAGGAAGCUGCCAUCGUUCUAGCCGGAAUGAUUCCAAUUGAUAUACUGGCUAAUGAAGCGGAGGAAAUCUACGCAUCCAAUCGGCAACGGGGAAGGAAUUCAUCCCGAGGGGCCAUCAAGUAG